AUGCUCCCCGACAUCACCAAAGCAUUCCGCGGACCCGACCAGGACCUGGAGAAGGCCCCUGAGGUGAACACCGACUCUGAAUCGAAUCCCACGAAGCCAUUCGACAAUGCCAGCGAUGGUGCUGUGCCGGGCGAGAGCUUCGAAUAUGGUGAUUCUUUAUAUGCCAAGAUCCAGCGGCUCGCUGGUAAGCUCAACAUCGAGCAGCGAGGUGUCGAACGGGUCCCGGAAUCUGAGCGGACCGAUACGUCCUACCUCAAUAUUGGCAGCAUGUGGCUGGCCGCAAACAUGGUUGUCAGCUCCUUCGCCAUUGGCGUUCUCGGAAAGUCUGUUUUCGGGCUGGGCUUCAUCGAUGCCAUUCUGGUUGAUCUCUUCUUCAACCUCCUGGGUAUAAUGACCGUGUGCUACUUCUCGACCUUUGGUCCUGUCUUCGGACUGCGCCAGAUGGUGCUCUCGCGGUUCUGGUUUGGAUGGUGGACUACGAAAUUCGUUGCCGUCCUCAACAUCAUUGCAUGUGUCGGUUGGUCUGCCGCCAACGCCAUCGUCGGCGCCCAGCUACUCAACGCAGUGAAUGGCAGCGUCCCUGGAUAUGCCGGUAUCCUGAUCAUCACAUUCUGCACACUCUCCGUCACCUUUUGUGGGUACAAAGUUGUCCACAUGUACGAAUACUGGAGCUGGAUCCCCACCUGCAUUGUGUUUUUCAUCGUGCUUGGCUGCUUCGCUCACUCGGGCGAUUUCGUCAAUAUCCCAAUGGGAGUCGGCAUCUCUGAAAUGGGCGCAUGUCUGUCCUUUGGAUCCACUGUCUACGGCUUUGCAACUGGCUGGACCAGCUACGCCGCCGACUACACCGUCUACCAGCCCAAGACUCAGAGCCGCCGUCUUGUUUUCUUGUCCGCUUGGCUCGGUCUGAUCAUCCCCUUGCUUUUCACUCAAUUCCUCGGUAUUGCCGUCAUGUCCGCAACGGCCCUGGGUGACGGCUACAACAACAAGUACGCCGCAGGUUACCGGGCCUCGCUCAACGGUGGUCUCAUCGGAGCCGUGCUCGAGCCUCUCGGCGGUUUCGGCAAGUUCUGCCUCGUCAUCCUGGCCUUGUCCAUCAUCGCGAACAACUGCCCGAACAUCUACUCUGUUUCCCUAACCCUCCAAGUGUUGGGCCGUGCUACACAACGUGUGCCGCGAUUCAUCUGGACUUUCCUCGCAUCGUGCGUCUCCCUCGCCAUUGCCAUUCCAGGUUAUUCGGAAUUUGAGGCCGUUCUCGAGAACUUCAUGGGUCUUAUCGCCUACUGGCUGUCGAUUUACUCUGGUAUUGCGCUCACUGAUCACUUCCUUUUCCGACGUGGCUUUGGUGGCUAUCGCCCCGAGGACUACGACAAGGCCCACAAGCUUCCAAUGGGCAUUGCCGCAUCCACUGCUUUUGCCUUUGGGAUUGUGGGUAUUGUUGUGGGCAUGAGCCAAACGUGGUGGACGGGUCCUAUCGCCAAGCAUGCUGGUGAUCCAGCUUUUGGUGGUGGCGAUGUCGGCUUUGAGCUAGGAUUUGCCUUUUCUGCUGUGAUGUAUUGCAUCUUGCGGCCGAUCGAGAUUCGUUUGAUUGGUCGGUAA